CUGAAGUUCGAUUUAAUUUCAACAGAAUAAUACAGUUGGUUCGACGUCAUUUUUGUGCUUAAACAUGGCAACUCAUUAUUAUUGGGAGAGAACAAAGGCAUGGAUGCUCGAUAAUAAGAUAAUCGUACUUCUCUCGUUACUGUCAUUUUGUCUGUUUGUCUCAACGUUGGCGAUAGCUGGUCAAAGAAAUCGGCUCAAUACGGAAUUAAAUGAUUUGAAGAACAGUCUUACCACAACCUCAACCACACCACCACCUAAAAACGAGACAGAUACAGAAAACGGCGAUGGUGCCGGUAAUGGAGGUGGUAAUGGGGGUGGUGAUGGAGGCGGAAAUGGAGGUGGAAAUGGAGACGGAAAUGGAGGCGGAAAUGGAGGCGGAAAUGGAGGCGGUGAUGCAGGCGGUGAUGCAGGUGGAGAUGCAGGCGGUGAUGCAGGCGGUGAUGCAGGUGGAGAUGCAGGCGGUGAUGCAGGUGGAGAUGCAGGCGGUGAUGCAGGCGGUGAUGCAGGAGGUGAUGCAGGCGGCAAUGGAGGUGGAAAUGGGGGUGGUGAUGGAGGCGGUAAUGGAGGAAAUAAUAAUAGCACUGGCAAUGGAACGCUUCCGGAGCAAAGAUAAAAUCAGUGCCAAAACUACUUUAAGUGACAAUAAAAGUAGUGUUCUCCUUAGGAUUAAAAUGUGUUUGUUGUGAUGAUUUUUUUUAAUAAACAUAAUAUGCAUAAACCUUUUAUAUUGGUAACUAAUACAGGUUUUUAUUGAAAUUUCUGCAUUGGUUUCUGAUGUGCGUACCUAUCUAUACCUUUCGAUGCCUUCUUCACCUGAAUUGUGCUCUGUUGCACAAUCGCAUUAAAUUUUUUAUUGAUGACUAACUUUUAUUUGUCGUUUUGGUACAAACCAUUGCAAGUCAAAUUUCGAAAAAUAUUCAAGGCUAAAUAAAUCAUUAUCACAACAGAUUACAACUAUGUCGGCCCUGAAAUAAUAUUCAGGAAAUAUGUUUGUUGUUGAUAAUUAUAAUUUCAAUGGUUGAAAGUUACAUUUCACGGUAAUUGUUUUCUAGAAGGAUCUAUUAUUCCAAUAAAGUGUUAUUAUUGA